AUGCCUCUCCUGCUCGCCCCCAUCUCCACGUGCGCGCCCCCGCCGCGGCCCCGCCUGCGCCGCCUCUCGCCGCCGCCGCCCAUGGUCGCCGUCCUGCCCGCGCCCGCGCCCCCGCCCCGCCCCGUCACGCUCCUCCCCAUCCCCACGCCCCCGCCCCUCAACACCGACGCCUUCGACUGGCUCGACCUCUUCGCCUUCCUCAACUCCCCCGCCGACUCCUACCAGAUCCCCCACCCGCCCCCGCCGCUGGCGGACGACGCGGCAGUGGAGGAGGAGCUGGCGAUAAUCCUCGAGCGGGAGAAGGACCGGGAGCGGGCGCGGAGGGCGGACCACCGGCGGCUGCGGCAGCGGCAGGUCAAGGCGGAGACGGAGGCGUGGGCGCGGGCCGCGGAGGAGUACCGCCAGCUCGAGCGCGAGAUGCUCGACCGCCACCUCGCCCCCCAGCUGCCCUACGUCAAGUCGCUCUUCCUCGGCUGGUUCGAGCCGCUGCGCGACGCCGUCGCCAGGGACCAGGACGUGCAGCGCCGCAAGCGGGUCAAGCACGUCUACGCCAAGUACCUGCUCCUGCUCCCCGCCGAGAAGGUCGCCGUCAUCGUCAUGCACAAGAUGAUGGGCCUCCUCAUGUCCAGCAAGGACGGCUGCGGCAGCGUCCGCGUCGUCCAGGCCGCGCACUCCAUCGGCGAGGCCGUCGAGCGCGAGUACAAAGUCCAGGCUUUCUUUCAGAAGACUAGGAGAAAAACUAGGAGCAAAACUGACAGUGAAAAUGAUCCAGCAUUAAACAAGGAACAGGCAAAAUGCCGGAAACUUGUUAAGAGUUUGGUGAGGAGGCGAAAAUUGACUGAAGCACAGAAGCUUGUGCAGCAGGAGAUUGAACUGGAGGAAUGGGGCACAGAAGCCCAAGUGAAGCUAGGAACUCGCCUGAUUGAAUUGUUGUUGGAUUCGGCAUUUGUGCAGUCACCAGCUGACCAAACACCCGACAGUUCUCCUGAUUUUCGACCUGCAUUUAAGCAUGUAUUGCGAAAGCCUAUUGUAGAAAAUGGGAGACUAAAGAAGAAGCACUUCGUGAUAGAGUGUGAUCCUCUUGUGCAUGAGGGGUUCGAAAGCACUGCUAGACACGUGGAGAUACCCUAUCUUCCUAUGCUGGUACCUCCUACGAAAUGGAAGGGCUAUGAUAAAGGCGGACACCUUUUUCUGCCUUCGUAUGUUAUGCGGACACAUGGUGUGAAGGACCAGAAGGAAGCCAUUAAGAGUGUUCCAAGAAAACAGCUGCGAAAAGUAUUCGAGGCAUUAGAUAUCCUUGGGGGUACUAAAUGGAGAGUGAAUAGACGGGUACAUGACGUUGUUGAGACUAUUUGGAGUCGUGGUGGGGGUAUUGCAGGACUUGUUGAUAAGGGAAAUAUUCCUCUACCUGAACAACCUGAAACAGAAGACCCAGAUGAAAUCCAGAAAUGGAAGUGGAGCGUAAAGAAGACAAAGAAAGCUAACCGCGAACUGCAUGCUGAGCGAUGCGAUACAGAACUAAAACUCUCUGUUGCUCGUAAAAUGAGAGAGGAGGAUGGCUUCUAUUAUCCUCAUAAUCUAGAUUUCCGUGGUCGUGCAUACCCUAUGCAUCCACAUCUGAGUCACCUAGGUUCAGAUCUAUGCCGAGGUGUUCUAGAGUAUGCUGAAGGGCGGCCACUCGGAAAAUCUGGUUUACGCUGGUUGAAGAUACAUUUGGCUAACAAAUAUGGCGGAGGCAUUGAAAAGCUUUCUCAUGAGAGCAAACUAGCGUUUGUGGAGGAUCAUUUGCCUGAUAUAUUUGAUUCAGCAUCAAAUCCUGUUGAUGGGAACUGUUGGUGGAUUAAUGCUGAGGAUCCAUUUCAAUGUCUAGCUGCAUGCAUGGAUCUUUCUAAGGCAUUAGAAAGUCCAUCACCUCAUGAUGCUGUCUCUCACCUACCUAUUCAUCAGGAUGGUUCAUGCAAUGGGUUACAACACUAUGCUGCUCUUGGAAGAGACUAUAUGGGUGCGGCAGCUGUCAACUUGGUUCCUGGAGAGAAACCUGCAGAUAUCUACUCAGAAAUAGCUGCUAGGGUAUUGGAUGUUGUACGGGAAGACUCAAUGAAAGAUCCUGCUACUGAUCCAAGUGUUUCAUUAGCAAAGGUUUUAGUUGAUGAGUUACAGGUGGAUAGGAAGCUGGUCAAGCAGACAGUGAUGACGUCAGUUUAUGGUGUCACAUUUAUCGGUGCUCGCCAGCAAAUUAUGAAGAGGCUUCAAGAGAAAGGACACAUUACAGAUGACAAAUUGCUCUAUGAUGUGUCCUGCUAUGCUACCAGGGUAACUUUGGAUGCACUAGGACAAAUGUUCCAAUCUGCCCGUGCUAUAAUGGCAUGGCUUGGUGACUGUGCAAAGAUGAUUGCUUCAAAAAAUCAACCAGUCAGAUGGACGAGUCCUGUUGGUCUUCCAGUUGUGCAACCAUACAAGAAAUAUAAAAACUAUAUGAUACGAACUUCUUUGCAAUGUCUGGCUUUACGACGGGAGGGUGAUGCAAUUGCAACCCAACGGCAAAAGGCAGCUUUUCCACCGAAUUUUGUGCAUUCUCUUGAUAGUUCACAUAUGAUGAUGACGGCAAUUACUUGCAAGGAGGCUGGUCUUCAUUUUGCAGGAGUGCAUGACUCAUUUUGGGUGCAUGCAUGUGAUGUUGAUAAAAUGAAUCAGAUCUUGAGAGAGCAAUUCGUGGAGCUGUACAGCAUGCCAAUCCUUGAAAACCUACUGGAAGAGUUUCAAACAUUAUUUCCGACAGUAGAGUUUCCUCCCUGCCCAGCACAGGGGAAUUUUGAUGUGAGAGAAGUUCUCAAGUCUACCUAUUUCUUCAACUAA